ACCAUAUUUUUUUAAAACAUUAUAUAGUAGCAUUUCAAUGCAAGCUAUAAAAAGAAAAAUUGGUGUAUUGACAUGUAUAAAGAAUCUACACAAAGAUCUAAAACAAAGACUUCCACAUUAUGAAAUUGAAGAAAUACCCCUUCCAAAGAACUGGAAGGAGAAUGGUUUUGGAGAAUGUCUUGAAAGAAUUAAUUCCAAUGAAAUUCUUUUGACUGAACCACAUUAUUUAUCACGUUUUGUUUAUGAUGUCAAAAAUGUCAAGUGGGUGCAACUUAUUUGGGCAGGUGUAGAUAAUGUAACAACUGCUCUCGUGCCUGGUGAAGCUCAUCCAUCAUUUGUUUUAACUAGGUUUGGUGGACAGUUUGGUCAGCACAUUUCUGAGUAUGUUGUCAGCAACAUUAUAAAUAUGGAACGCAAAGCAUUUAAGUAUUAUGAAAACCAGAAAAUCUCAAAAUGGGAAAAACUUCAUGUCGGUGAAAAUCCAUAUCGUUUGCUGUCAACUUUAUCAGUAUGUGUUCUUGGUAUUGGCGAUCUUGGUGCGGCUGUGGCAAAGCAAUGUAAAAGCUUUGGCAUGACUGUUUAUGGUAUGUCAACGAAAGUUCCCGAUGUUCGUAAAGUCUUUUUUGAUGAAUACUUUACGUUAAAAGAUCUACCAUUAUACCUAAGCCGGUCUGAUUAUGUUUGCAACACGUUACCAAAGACCCCAGCUACAGAUAACUUAUUAUCAAAUAACAUUUUAAAGCAAUGCAUGGAGAAGCAAUCUGUGUUUGUAAAUGUAGGUCGUGGAAAUGUCAUUCCUGAGAGCGAGAUUGUGGAAGCACUGGAAAGAAAAUGGAUAUCAGGAGCAAUUUUAGAUGUAUUUAACGAGGAACCCUUGUCUGGACAAAGCAAGUUAUGGAGCAUGCCAAAUGUUAUUUUGACACCACAUGUUUCUGGAAUGUCACUAACGCAAGAGGUUGUUGACUUCUUUGUGGAAAAUGUCAAAUUAUACGAAAAUGGACAACCUCUAAAUCAUGUCUUCAGUUGGAGUAAAGGAUAUUAAAUAAAUAGAUUAUAAAGCUAUUUCUAUGUUUUUUAUAAUAUAUUUUUAUAUACAUAUAAUAAUUUCAGUAAUUUAGAGUUAUUAGUAAAACUGGCAAUAGAUAGAUAGAUUACAUAGCAAAAAUCAUUGUUUUUUGUGAUGUAGCCAGUCAUUAAUGUAUAUACGUUUUUUAGCUGUUGUUUAGAACUUAUCUCCAUAUAAUAACUGAAUUUUGUCUUUCGACCAAAAGCAGAUCAUGCUAACCAUGCACGAAAGCUAUGAAUAUCAAAUGCAAAGUAUUUUUUGUAGACUUUGCUGUGACAAGUCAAUUCCCAUGCAUUUUCUGCGGGCUAACCACAAGUAUAUAUAAAUGUUAUCAAAGAAGAUCAAGCUAAUGAGGAUAAUAUUUUAAACAGUAUUCAAUAUUCAAAGCAGUACAUUAUCUGUCAUUUUCAUUUUUGUACUACUUAUGUUCAGUACUUUUGAUUUGGUUUUUUUUAUUUUGUAAUUUUUUUAUGUAUAUACAUUAAAUUUUUUCCA